AGCUCAACAAUUCAUUGUUGAACCAAAAGAAAGAAACAAAGACAUGGCGCUUUGGUUUUGCUCUACAAGGUUCCUUAUCUUCCUCUUCAUCGUAUCGGCACUCCCCAUCGCUUACAUCAUCUCUCAAGAACGCGCAGAGACUGACCACCACGUUUUCCACUACCACAGCGCCGGUUUCAUGCGCGAAUGCGCCAAGUGGGACGAUCAGGGCCGUCGUUUCCUCGUCUCUUUCAUGGAAGGCGGCGUCGGUGAAAUCCACGUCCCCGAUAAUUACACCAACGACGUCAAAUUAAAUGAGGUCCCGGUCGUCAAAGACUUUGACUUGACCGGAAAUGCUUCCCUCGGCAUCGCCCUUGACCGUCCCAGAAACCGGCUGCUCGUUGCCGUAGCCGACUUGCUUGGUAACCGAUAUAGCGCGCUCGCCGCUUAUGACCUGUCCACCUGGAAAAGGCUCUUCCUAACCAAACUCAGUGGCCCUGGCGACGAGAAAUCCUUCGCCGAUGAUGUUGCAGUAGAUGCAGAUGGUAAUGCCUACGUCACAGACGUCAAAGGCAGUAAAAUUUGGAAGGUCGGUGUGGAUGGUGAGUUUUUGUCAACCCUAAGACACCCACUAUUCACGCCAAAAGAGUGGUACAAAAGUUUAGCUGGAUUGAACGGCAUCGUUUACCACCCCGAUGGAUACUUGAUCGUGAUUCAUACUUUGAGUGGCGAUUUGUUUAAGAUUGAUGUGGCCAAGGGAAACCAAGUGAAGUUGAUCCAAGUUUCUGGAGGUCCAUUAUCAUUUGGUGAUGGUCUGGAGCUGAUUUCUCCUAGUAAGCUUGUGGUUGCCGCAGGAAACCCUUCUGGGAGAUUGGUGGAAAGCUCCGAUGGAUGGGAGACGGCUUCUGUUGUGGCCAAGUUCAAAGGUCCUAUGCAUCGUUUAGCCACGGCAGCGACUGUGAAACAUGGGAAGGUUUAUCUUAACCAUAUGUUUGGUAUGGGGUACCCCAAGAAGACGCAUGCCAUUGUUGAGUUUGUUCUUUAAUUUUCAUGUUUCAAUCGGUUACUUUUGUAUUUUCUUUCACGUUUCCAUGUAUCUCAAAAUGAAAACAAUUGUUAGACUUAUUUAGAAAAUUUG